AUGAAUAGUGAAUUUGAAAAAGAUCACAUCAAAAGGCUGCAGGAGCAGCGUAUGUUUAUGCAAAAGAAGACCUUCACCAACUGGAUGAAUAAUAUCUUCCUCAGGAAUAAUGUAAGGGCUGAAAUAGAAAAUAUUUACACAGACCUGAAGGAUGGUAUCUAUCUCAUGCAACUCCUGGAGCUGCUCUCUGGAGAAUCUUUGCCCAGACCAAACCGGGGAAAGAUGAGAGUGCACUUUCUAGAAAACAACAGCAAAGCCAUUACGUUUCUGAAAUCCAAGCAGGUACAAGUGAAAGUGAUUGGUCCUGAGAACAUCGUAGACGGUGACAGAACCUUGAUCCUGGGACUUAUCUGGAUCAUUAUACUUCGAUUUCAAAUUUCAUCUAUCAAACUCGAUAAGGAAGAAUUUGGAGGCAGAGCUGAUCAGCUGUUUGCCAAUGAAGCCCUACUACUUUGGUGUCAGCAUAAAACUGCCAGCUAUCCCAAUGUAAAUGUGAAGGACUUCUCUAAAAGCUGGAGUGAUGGACUGGCUUUCAAUGCACUUAUACAUGCCCACAGGCCUGAUCUUAUCAAUUAUAGCUCACUGCGGCAGGACCAGCCCAUCAAAAACUUGAACACUGCCUUUAAUGUUGCUGAGAAAGAGCUAGGGAUCAGCAAGCUGCUUGAUGCUGAGGAUGUGGCAGUACCCUCCCCAGAUGAGAGAUCCAUCAUGACUUAUGUGUCACUCUACUACCACUAUUUCUCCAGAAUGAAACAAGGCCAGACAAAUCAAAAGCGACUUGCCAAAAUUGUGUUCCUCCUGAAGGAGAUAGAUGACUUGAAGCUUCUGUAUGAGCAGAUGGUCUCUGACCUCUUGAAAUGGAUUAAGCAGAAGGUGAUUGAGCUGGAUGACCGUAUCUUCCCCAACUCUCUUCAGGAAAUGUGGCUGCUCAUGGCCAAUUUCAAGACCUUCCGCACUGUGGAGAAACCCCCUAAAUAUCAAGAUAAGGGAAUGAUUGAAGCUCAUCUCUUCAAUAUCAGGACCAAGCAGAGAGCCAACAACCUACGACUAUAUGUGCCUCCAGAGGGGAGGACACUGCAGGAUGUGGAAAAGAACUGGAUUAUCCUGGAAAAGGCAGAACACAACCGGGGAAAAGCACUGCAGAAGGAGAUGCUGAGGCUAGAGAAGCUGGAACAGCUAGCCAGAAGGUUCCUGAAGAAGGCAGCUCUGCGUGAAGCUUAUUUGGAAGACAUGAGGAAAGUGAUUGGAAAGCAAGACUUCUGGCCAGAGAGCAUAGACAGGAUGGAAGCUGCCAGUAAGAAGCUGGAAGCCAUUGUGGCAGAUGUACUCCCCAGGAGAGAACGUUUCGCAGAUUUGGCCGAAAUGGCAACAGUCAUCAGCCAGAAUAACUACCACAGCAAAGAUCAAAUUGUGAAGAAGGAAAACAGCAUUUCGAAGGAAUGGCAAGAUCUUCUGGAUCAGCUGCAGAAACGACAACACUCCCUGAGUACAAUGCAGGAGAUUCUAGCCCUCCUGAGGGACAUUGAUGCCAUAAUGGAGGAGCUGAAAGAGCUACAGGCACUAGUGAAUUCCCAGGACUGUGGGAAGCAGCUCCUAGAGGUAGUAGAUUUGCUUCAAAAGCACAACUUGAUUGACUUGCAGAUCUCUUCCUAUGAUGAUAGACUGACACACAUAACUCAAAGGACAGCAGAAAUCAGCAAGGACAGCACGGUUAAAGCAGAAGUGCUUUAUGCAAAAGUUCCAAUGCUUCGUCAGCUAUAUCAGAACCUUACGGCUCAGAGCAGAACACGAAAAUCCCAGCUAGAGGAAGCUUUGAAGCUCUUUGAAUUCUUCCGUGACUGCAAAGAAGAAGAAUCAUGGAUCUCUGAGAAAUGGAAAAUAGCAAGAACAACAACAUUAGGGAAAGAUGUCAGCCAGAUUACAGCUUCCAUUCAGAAGCACAAGGCUCUUGAAGCAGAAUGCAACUCGCACAGGGCCAUUUGCACAGAUGUCAUGAAGAGGGGAUGGGAUCUGAGCCAGAAGAACCCUACACAUGAGGAGGACAUCCAGAAACAGAUAGAUAAACUCCAAACGUUGUGGCAGCAGCUCCAGGAUGAGGUGGCAAAUCGCAAAAACCGUCUGCAGGCAGCAGCUCUCAUCAAACAGUACUUUGCUGACAUCGAUGAAGCAAACUCAUGGUUGCAAGAAAGGCAACCCCUUCUGGCCAGCAAGGACUAUGGAAAAGAUGAAUCAAGUGCUGAAGCACUGUUGCAUCGCCAUUUGCGCCUGGAAAAGGAGAUUGCAGCCUACUCCACAGAGAUGAGGCGCCUGAAAGACCAGGCUGUCAUUGCAGCAGAGCAAGCUCCAGCUGCAAUGGUGAAGAUAGAAGCCCCAAGUGACUUAAAUCAAAAGACAACUAAGCUACCGUUCAGUCGAACCUGGACUACCUCUGAAUCUGCACUUCCUGGAAGCUCUGGUUUAGAUGUUCAUUUUGUUCCAGAGAACAUUUGGAAGACCCAAGAUGAAAUAGACUCACUUUAUGAAAACCUACAGAGCAUGGCUGAGGACAGAAAAAAAGCUUUGGAGGAGAUGAUUGGAUAUUACCGCUUCUGUAGCUCCUGUGAAGCAUUUCAGUCAUGGAUGAGAGAAAAGGAGAACAUUUUUCGGACUCUUCAGCCUCAAGCGGACAACGUGGAAGUCAUGCAACAAAAAUAUCAGAGUUUUUUAACAGAACUGGCUGCAGGGAAAGGCCAGCUGGGAGAAAUUGAAAGCUUAGCUACUAAAUUUGGAAAGAACAGUCCUGGCAGAUACACUGAGAUCCAGAUUUGGCUGGAAGAAAUCAAUGCCAGGUGGGAACACAUGGAAUCUCUGAAGGAGGAGAAGGGCGCAGAACUGAUCGGAGUGGCUGAUGUGAGGACAUUUCUUGAGGACUGCCAGAGUAUAGAAGUGCUACUGCAAGACAAGAUGGGCCAGCUCAGGGAUCUGGAACCAGGGAACUUACCUGCUGGGCUGGAGUCUGACAAGCGCAAACUGUCUGCAGUUGAGAGAGAAGUCCUAGUGAUGGAGAGGAAAAUUGAAUACUUGAGGAGUGUUGCAAAAUCUAUUAAGGACACCAACCCUGCAGAGAGCAAGGCCAUCACGGAGCAGGUGGAGUACAUGGAGAGGCUUCUGGUAAACCUCAAGUUGGAGACCCAAAGGAAGCGUGACCUUCUGCAGCAGGCCCAAAAUCAACAGUCCUUCCUGCAAGACAGCCGCAGGCUCCUGCUGUGGGCAGAAGGCAUCAGGGAGAAGCUGAGAAGUGAAGAAAUGGGUGUGGACGUGGCUUCUGCAGAGCAACUGCUGAGGGAACAUCAGGACCUUCUGAAAGAAAUAAGGUCUCAGAAGGAAAGAUUUGUGCAGCUAGAGGAGCUUGGGCAUAAAGUAAUCCAAAACCAACCCAGUAACAGUAGGACCAGAGAUGUUCACCUGUCUGUGGAGAGGCUUGCCCAGGAGAACAAAGAGCUGGAAAAUAUGUGGGAACACCGAUGGAAAAAGCUGCAGGAUGGCUUGGAAUUACAGAAGUUCAACAGGGAGGGAGACCGUAUCAAUGCUGCCCUUUCUAGCCAUGAGGCUUUUCUCCGGGGUGAUGACCUUGGGGAUCAUGUAGAUGCUGUUCGAAGCCUGCAGAAGCAACAUCAGGAAUUUGAACAACUGCUAAUGGUGCUAAAGAGACGAAUUGAAGCAUUUAAUGAAAAUGGGACAGACCUGAUAGAAAGUGGGCACUUUGCAUCACACACUAUUAAAGAGAGAAUGGCUACACUUCGGCAAAGAUGGGAACGGCUGAUGGAAAGCAAUUCCAAGAGAAAACAGAGAUUACUGGAUUCCCUGCAGCUGCAGGAGUUCAACCGUGAUGCUGCUGAGCUUUUGAUAUGGAUGGAAGAGAAAUACAAGAUUGCAUCUGAUGAAUCCUAUCGCGAUCCAACAAAUGUUCUACGCAAACUGAAGUGGCAUGAGGCCGCUGAGAAGGAAAUGAUGGCUAAUGAGAAGCACUUUGCAACACUGAUAAAGAAAGGAAAUCAGCUGAUUCAAGAUGACCAUUAUGCUGCGUCUUCUGUCCAAAAGAAGAUGGCAGAGCUAGAGAAGAAGUGGAAGGAACUGUAUGGGAAGAUGAUAGAGCGAGGUGACAAGCUAAGACAAGCCGGGCAGCAAGAACAGCUCAUGGAACUGCUGCAGGAUGCCAAAAAGAAGAUAGAGAAAAUCGAGAAGGUUCUUCAGGAAGCAGAGACAGGCCGUGAUUUGCGCUCCAGCCGCGAUCUACUCAAGCAGCACAGACAGCUGGAAAAUGAGACACACGAGCUGGCAGAGAAGAUGAACUCUAUUGUGUCUCAUGCAAUGAAAAUGGCUGCCAAUCACUUUGACUCCCAGAGAAUUCUGGAUGAAACGCAAAAAUACCUAAAAAGGUUUGAGUCUUUGCAAGCACCUCUUGGUGAGAGGCGUAAGCUGCUGGAAGCUGCAGUGGAUCUUUAUGAGUUCUACCAUUACCAUGACAUGGAGCUGAACUGGAUUAAUGAGCGGUUACCUAUUGCCAAUUCCACCAACUGUGGGAAGUCCUUGGAUGUAGCUCAAAGUUUGUUGCAAAAGCACAAGGAAUUUCAGGCAGAGGUGAAUGCCCACAAACAGCAAGUCCAGCGGGUUCUGGAUAAAGGAAGGACAAUGAUUGAAAGCCAGCACCCAUCAGCACAGAAAAUAAAUGAGAAAUGCCAGGAGCUUGUGACUGCCUGGCAGGGCCUGGAGAGAGCCUGUGAAGAAAGGAUGAAGCAGCUGCAGCACUCAGUUGCUUUCCAAGAGUUUCUAAUGAAUACUUCAGACCUGGAGGCUUGGAUAGCAGAAAAGCGUCCACUUGUGAUGAGCAACGACUAUGGUAAGGAUGAAGAUGGAACACUCAAACUCCUCAAGAAACAUAAGGUGCUGGAGCAUGAGAUUGCUGUUUACCAAGAUCUGAUUAAAGAACGAAAUGAAAGUGUCCAAAAUCUUCCAGCUGUGGGUUCCAUCCAGUAUGUUGAGGUUGAUGCACCAAGGGAACAAGUUCACUCAAGACUCCGUGAGUUGCAGGAACUAGCAGCAAAAAGAGGAAAGAAGCUGGAUGAGACUCUUGUUUUGCAUGAGUUCUUACGAGAAUACGAGGAUCUGCAGGACUGGAUGGCUCAGCAGAAACAAGCAGCCAGCUCUGAAGACUAUGGAAAUGAUUACGAGCAUGUAUUGCAACUUUGUGCUAAGUAUGACACUUUCCGACACCAAUUGGAAGCAACUGGGAAAAGAGUUACGACUUGCCAGCAGCUGGCAGAGAACUUGCUAAACAGUGGUCAUUCCGAGUCCCGUGAAAUCCGGCAGAAGCAGAAAGAGCUAAGAAACUCUUGGGAAGAGCUGUUAGAAAUUACCAGAUUACGCGGUGAGCAGCUGAAAGAUGCAGAGGUGAUUCACAAGUGUUACCAAGAUCUGACAGAUGCUCUGGCACACAUUGAGGAGAAGUCUAAAAGUAUUCCAGAUGAUGUUGCAAAGGACAUGAGAGGUGUGCAAACCCAGCUCCGGAACCAUGUGGCCCUAGAACAUGAGCUCCUUGGAAAUGAGCAGCAGCUGCAGGAUUUGAUCCGUUCUGCAGAUCAUGUGCUGACUCGUUGCUCAAAUGAGCAGGCAGCAGACCUGAAAGCAAAGCAACAGGCAAUAGCAACCAACUGGAAGGCCCUGAAGUCUAAAGUGCAACUGCGUAAGGAGCUUCUGGAAAAAGCACACAAGCUUUACCAGUUUCAGGCACAAGUGUGGGACUAUUUCUCAUGGACAUCAGAAAUGAUUAGGGAAAUGAGAGCCAAGGAGACUAUCCGGGACAUAUCUACUAGCAGCCUGAGACUUACUCAGCAUCAACAGCUACUGGCUGAGAUUGAAGCACAAGAAGAGAAGUAUAAUCAAGUUGUACAGUUUGGACAGUCACUCUUGCAAGAUGAGGAAAUAAAAUCAAAAGAGAUUCGGCAGAAGCUACAGGCUCUGUUGGAAGAGAAGGACAAAGUGUACAGUGAAUGGGAACAGAAGAAGAGGUGGCUGGACAAAAUACAUCAACAACAAAUGUUCUAUAAGGAUUGGAAUCACCUGGACAAGCUCCUGAACUCACAGGAGGUUUAUUUGAAAAGCAGUGACCUUGGAAGCUCUGUAGAUGAAGUAGAGCAACUGAUUAGGAAACAUGAGGCUUUUGAGAAGCUACUGGCAUCACAGGAUGAAAAGAUGAUGUCUCUUCAAGAACAAGCAAACAAGCUAGAAAAGGAUGGUGGAUUGGAUGGGAUACAGAUUCAGCACAAACUGAACACCAUUCUUCAAAGGAAGCAGCAGAUCAAGAAUCUCUCCCAGAGCAGGAGAGAAAAGCUGCAGACCGCCCUUCUUCUGGCACUUUUCUAUCAGAACUUGGCAGAGGCAGAAGACUGGAUCAGUGAGCGCAUGCAGAAGCUAGAGGAUCCUUCCAUACAAGAUCCCAGCAAUCUGCAGGACAAAAUGAAGAUGCUGCAGAAGCAUCAGGUCUUUGAGGCAGAGAUUCUAGCAAAUGAAGAAAUCAUCACAGCUGUUAAUAAGAAAGGAGAAGCCCUGGUUUCAGGGGGCCACCCAAAAUCAGGGGAGAUCCGCCAUCAGAUCCGCAUGCUUCAGGAGCGUUGGGAGAAGCUGAAAAGAGCUGUUGCUGCCCGUGGAAAAAUGCUGGAGGAUAGUCGGGAUUUCCUGGAAUUUCUUCAGAAAGUUGACCAGGUGGAAGCCUGGAUCAGAGAAAAGGAAGUCAUGAUUAACAUAGGUGAUGUGGGAAAUGACUAUGAGCACUGUCUGCAGCUCAUGAAAAAGCUAAAUGAGUUCCGUGGAGCAACAUCAGGGGAGACAACAGUGGAUGAUGCUCACAUCAAGGCUAUCAAUGCCCUGGCCAUGAAACUGGAGAGACAAAACAAGGAAGAGACAAAGACAAUAUAUCAGCGCCGGAAGCAGCUCAAUGAGAAGUGGAACAGUUUCCAUGGUAACCUGAAUGCAUACAGGAGGAAAUUAGAAGGAGCUCUGGAGAUUCAUGCCUUGAUAAGAGAAAUUGAUGACAUCACAGAGAGAAUUACUGAGAAGAGUGUCCUGAUACAAGCACUGGAUUAUGGGAAAGAUGUUGAAAGUGUGGAAAACCUUAUUCGAAGACAUGAAGAGAUGGAGAGAGAAAUCAAUGUUAUUAAGUCCAAAAUAGAGCCAUUGGAAUUGGAAUCUUUCCGCCUUUCCACAAGGAAUCCAUCCAUAAAUGACAAGCUGACUAUGAAGCAACAGGAGAUGAAAAACAACUGGCUACGACUCCAGGGACAGGCCAAACAAAGGAAGGAGAAGCUGGCAGCCUCAUAUCAGUUGCAGAAGUUUAACUUUGAGAUGAAGGAAAUUAUAGAUUGGAUUCAAAACAUCAGAGGCUUAAUGGAAGCAGGGGGGCUUCCUAAAAGCCUAAAUGAAGCGGAAAGCAUGAUUGAGGAGCAUCAGCAGAGAAAGGAGGAGAUUGAAGCACGAGUGGAAAGAUUCAACUCUCUCAGUAACUAUGGUCAACAACUUGCCAAUUCUGGUCACUAUGCAACCCCUGAGAUUCAUCAGUCUCUCUCCAGACUACAGAAAGCCUGGUCUGAAUUGAUCCAAGCAUGGCAGGAGCAAUAUAUAAAAUUGUUUCAAGCACAAGAUUUACAGAAAUUCUAUGGCUAUGUGGAACAGACUGAGAGCUGGCUCAGCAGCAAAGAGGCUUUUCUAGCCAAUGAAGACUUAGGGGACUCGGUGUCUAGUGUGGAGAGCCUGCAGCGGAAACACAUGCAAUUUGAAAAAUCCCUGGAAGCUCAGAUGGAGAAAAUUGAUGAGAUGGCUUCAUUUGCCCAGCAGCUAAUUCAGAACAAACACUAUGAUUCGGACAACAUCGCCAACAGAUGCCAGGCUGUUCUGAGGAGAAAGGAGAAAUUACUGGAGAAUGCUGCUGCUCGCAGACAUCUACUAGAGGAAUCAAGGCUCCUGCAGAAGUUGUUGAAGAAUUCCUAUGAGGUGGCUGCCUGGAUCAAUGAGAAGAACAGUAUUGCUCAGGAUGAUAGCUGGAGAGAUCCAAGCAAUCUGCAGACCAAGCUGCAGAAACAUCAAACUUUCCAAGCAGAGAUUAUGGCUAAUAGAAAUCGCCUGGACUCCAUCAGAUCUGAAGGUGAGAAGAUGCUCCGUGACAGACACUAUGCCCCUGAGGCCAUUCAGUCCAGGCUACAAGAAAUGGAAGAGCUAUGGGAGGAACUGCUAGCAAGCUGCCAAGAUAAACGGGCCAAGCUGCAGGAUGCUUACAAGGCCCUUCAUUUUCAGCAGAGUAUAGACGAUACAGAAAAAUGGUUGGAAGAUGUGGAAAAUGAGUUGAAGGCACCAUAUAGCAGUAGUGAUCUAGUGGUUCUGAACAGUCAUUUGAAGAAACAAGAGGAACUGGAGCAAGAUAUUGCUAGCCAUAGGGACCGGUUACAAGAGCUUGUGAACACAGCUCAGGAAUUCCAGCAGGAAAAGCAUUUCCUUGCCGAUGAGCUGGAAGAGAGAGUUGAUCAGCUGGUACAAAGAUACAAAAGUCUACACGACCCUCUGCAGGAAAGACGUGGGAGUUUGGAGGCAAGCAGACUUCAAUACCAGUUCUUCCGAGAUGUUGAUGAGGAGUUGGCGUGGGUUCGUGAGAAACUUCCCAUGGCAUCCUCCAGGGAUUACGGCCAAUCCCUGGCAACUGUUCAGAGUCUACAGGAAAAGCACAAGAAUUUGGAGAAUGAGAUAAGCAGUCGGGAUGCUUUGACCAAAGCAGUGCUCAGUACUGGGCAGAAAUUGGUAAGGGGAGGCCACUCAGCCUCUCGCAAGAUUAUGGAGCAGAUGAACGAGCUGGAGACAUCUGUAGAAAACUUGAAGACAGAGGCUCAAGUGAGGAGACAGCGUCUCAUACAGUCAUAUGAGGCCCAUCAGUUCCUGACUGAGCUACUGGAUGUGGAGACCUGGCUGGCAGAGAGGAGCUUCAUUCUAGAGACUUCUGAUUAUGGGAAGAAUGAAGAAUCCACUCAAGCUUUACUACGUAAACUUGAAGCCACCAAGCUGGACAUGGAGGGUUUUAGGCCCCGGAUUGAGAAAGUACAGGAGACGGGUGCCGGCUUAAUAAACAAAGACAACCCAGAGAGUCCAGCCAUACUUUCAAAGCUCCAGGGGAUCCUAGCAGACUAUCAGUCUCUCCUACAAAAGGCUGAGACCCAGAGAAAACGCCUGCAAGAACAAUUCCAGCUGUAUCAGUUUGAAAGAGAAUUCCAGCUGGUGGACGCCUGGCUUUCCAGUAAACAGUCUAUUGCAGAGUCCGAUGACUAUGGGCAGGACUUAGAUGGUGUUGAGGUGCUGGAGAAAAAGUUUAAAGAUUUUGUAAAUGAGAUUAAACCUCUGGGACAUUCCAAAGUUCUCUCCUUAAAUGAAUUAGCAUCUAAGCUAGAGAAGGAUGGCCACAGCAAGACAGAUAUUAUCCAGAAAAGAACAAAGCAAAUUAACGAGAUGUGGGAGAAACUGUGCCAUGCCAUCCAGAUGAGGACAGAGAAUCUGAGAGCAGCCCAGCAAGUUCAUCAGUAUGAUCAUGAUGUGGAUGAAGUAAAGGGCUGGAUGCAGGAGAAGGAGGCUGUGGUGGACAUAGAUGAUUAUGGAUAUGAUCUUCCAGGUGUACAGACUCUUCUGAGCCAGCUUGAAGGAGUAGAGAGAGAUCUAGGAGCCAUUAUGAAAGAGCUGGAACGGAUUCGAGGAGAAGCCUGGCACCUCAGCUGCACAUACCCACAACUCAAGGAAAACAUUAUGGAGAGACUCACAGAUGUGGAUGAGUGCUGGAGAAACCUGGAUAAGAAGUUUCUGGAGAGAAAGGCGAGACUGAGCCAGGCAGAACAAGUCCAGCUCUACUUCAAUGACUGCAGGGAGCUAAUGGCAUGGGCCAAUGAGAUGCAUGCAUUAGUGAUAUCUGAAGAACUAGCAAAUGAUGUCCUGGGAGCUGAACUGCUUAUCAAACGUCAUGAGGAAUACAAGCGUGAGAUAGAGAAGCAGUGGCUAAAAUAUGAAGAAAUACAGCGGGCAGGAGAUGACCUAAUGAGGAAUGGACAUUUCAUGUCUGUGGAGAUUGAAGAAAAGCUGCUAGAGCUGUCAGAGCUGAUGAAGAAAGUAAAGGAGAGCUGGAACAUGAGGAAAGAGUUGUAUGAAGAAAACUGGGAGAUUCAAUUGCUCCGCAGAGAGUUAGAACAAGCAGAAGCAUGGCUGGCUGCCAAGGAGAGCUUUCUUUCAGACCCGAGCUAUGGGGAUUCUGUGUCUGAAGUAGAGGAACUACUGAAGAAACAUCGUGACUUUGAGAACAUGCUUGCAGCUCAGGAGGAGAAAUUUGCUCAGCUCAGCAGGAAAACUAAGAGGGAGAUGAAUCUUCUGAAACAGACAGAUGCAGAAGAAAGUGAGCAGAAAGAUAAAGGCAAAAUUGUACGGGUUCCUUCUCUGAAAAGAAAAACAUCUGACAAAAGGAAUCCACCACCAAAAGUGAUAGAGAUAAGGAACACAAAGCCAGUGCAAUCUGUGCAACCACCACUCCUGUCCUGGACUCCACUUGAAACAAUUUUCUCCCCAGUUGAAAAGCCUGUGGUAGCAUUCCAACAAUUUGCUUCUGGGAAAGUCCCCGAGGUGCUGAGCAGCAAAAAAACAGAAAUGAAACCUGAGAGGAGACUCAGUGAGAUUAUCACUCCACCUACACCAAAGACAGUGGACCCACAAGCUACAUCUUUGGCGCAUCACACUUCUUUAACCUCUCCUUUAUCUCCUACCUCCAUAAGCCUGCAACGCAGCAACAAUUUCUCAGAAUCAUAUGCCAUGGGCCUUGUAUCACCUCAAGAAAAAAGUGUUGAAAGCUCCUCCUCCAACCUGCAAACAAAAUUAACAGCAACAUCACCCAAGCCUGACCAGAAUUCAUUAGAUAAAUCAUCAGAUUUACCGCUGUCUAGGUCCUUGCCAGAGACAUUGGAGACUGCAUCUUCGGUUUCUGCAAGUCUCCAGCAUAUGGAGGGGUUCCUAGAAAAGAGAGACCAGCUUCUUCCAGGACGGCGACAGCCAGGUUCAAGGUCUUGGAAAUCCUUCUAUGUAAAACUCGAUGGACUAAAGCUUGAUUUCUACAAUGAUGAACAAGAAGCAUCUAAGAAUAUAUCCACACUCCCGUCCCUCAGCAUUGUUGGUGCCAAAUGUGAGAGGCUGACAAACUACAUCAGGAAGGAGAACACCUUCAUGUUACGACUGAGAGAUGGGGCAGAGUAUUUCUUUUCAGCACCUUCUCCGAUGCUGAUGGAGAACUGGUUGCAGUCACUACAGAAUAAUAUAGGACAUAGGAACAGACCAGAUCCCACAGUGAUGGUGAGACCUUUCACUCCAAGCACUGAGACCUCCCAGACAAGUUUAUGGGACAGAGACUCUGCUGAAAGACUGACCAGCAAAACUACACUCCUGAGGAGAACACCAUCUUUCAGAAUCAAACCAGAGAAGGAAUCUGCAGCUUUUUCCAGAAAUUUAAAGGAAGAUGGGAUUGCAGUGACCCAAGCCUCCAUCACCACUUUGAACCAAGAACAAAAGUGGUAAUAGCACAAAACUGCCUUCAUCUCUACUAGAAGCAGGAAGAGGAAACUAACAUUUGCUUCAAUGAAAAACAGACCCUUCACCACUGUAUCUAACCUCUGCAAAUGUAUUCAUAAGUUUUAAUUUAAUCACUACCUUUGGAACUUAUUUUAAUUAGGCAUUAAAUCUGGUAAAGUCAUUAAAUAUAAUUAAAAAGAACAUCUGGGAUA